AUGUGCUGUGGUGACAUCUACCUGCUGACGCUGGAACGCUUGUACUACUUUAACGAAAAAUCUGGAAAGGUUACUUACUUGGAGCUGCCAAUCAAAGGAUCUGCAGAAGCUGGUCCCUAUCACCGAAUGGAAGCGGUUAAUCAUAGAACGAGAAAUGAACCGUACACGGAUCUCUUGGUAGUGGUUGAUGAUAUGAUACUGCGCUACUUGGUGGACCGGUUAAACAACCAGAUAUAUAUUCUCCAUCAAUACAGCCCGUGCCUUGGCAGGAUUACCGCCUGGGACCCCUGGCAUGAGUGUGUGGCCGGGGCUAAUGGAAUCGCGCGCUUGGACAGGAAGGCCAAGCCAAAACCCGAAUUGAUUGACCGUCAUCUUGAGCUGCCGGUGCCCGAGCUCCUCCCAAAAUUAAGUCAUUAUUUCUUGAUGGAGAGCACUACGAACACAUACAAGUUCCAUGAGAUCGAGACGUUCAUCGAGGGCCGUUAUAGGUUGCCGCGCGGCCCACGAAUUCCAUUAGCCAGCGACAAAGGGCGAAAACGAAAAAUUGUCGACUUUAUCGCGCCAAACGAUCGCGAGAUUCUGGUCCUGCUUGAAUGUGGCUAUGUGGUUUACUACAGAUGGGGACUCGUGUCGCCUCAUUACCCACAUGAAAAUGGAGCGCUACAGACUCGUUGGCGAAGUAUCCCGGGCAUGGUUCAAGCGCGCGCAUUCCGGUGGUCGCCCAACGCUACCAUACAGGUUUUCGGGUUUUCCAAGAGAACGCGUCAUGACGGAACAAAGAUUUUGACAGCGGCAGUUUAUGACUUGGAAGAGAACUAUAACAACAUGACCUCCUGUAAACCAGACUUGCGCGGCCUUGCCGGGUUGCCGAAGUACUACUAUGAUUUGCGCGAGCCGGAUGGUGAUGGCACCUAUUCUCUGCAAAUGAAAUACCAGACGAUCAAAUACGGCUUCGCAACUCGGUUGACCCAUCUACAACCUCCGUUGAUUAACCACAAGGUUGACAAAAUUGUUACAUGGCCGGUAGAUGAACAUGGAUUUAGCUUGAUUGCGGCGAUCGGACCGGCGCUAACGUUGAUGGUGUAUCAGCCGGAGUUCGAGAAACUAACGGUCGUGAAUGAGCAUUAUCCCCGCUACCCUUGCGUUGAUGUGGCAUUUACAGGUGUCCAUGAGGCAGCCAACAAAAACAAAUUCCUUGGCGCUUGUCAUAUCAAAGGAUAUAUAAUCCUGGCCACGCAGGCCGACGUCGAAAUUUUGGAAUUUUAUUUGGGCGGACAGCCAAAUGCCCCGUCCUGCGGAUCUGCUGGUCCGCCGCAGCCACGUGAAGACGUGGAAGUCGCGAUUGUUUCCAGAAGCAUUUUCCAUAUUGAAUAUUUCCAACAAGGCAUCUUCCAUGUAUUUUACGCGGCCCAGAGCCCGACGAACGCAGGCGUUUACUUUAUUGGAAAAAUCUGCGUCAACGUGAGGCAAACGGAGCCAUACAUCCACGACGAUGAGCGCGUGCAAUGCCCAGGCUCGUUCGAACCGGGGCAACAAUUUAAGCUGCUGCUCAAACGCAACCCGGACGAAAGCGAGUCCUUCGAAUUUGUCAAAGAGGUGGCCGCGUUUGAGGCAAUUGAAGAUCGCGGAAAAUUAUAUUCGUUGCGGUGGCAGGAUACCUAUUAUACGGUAAAAACACGCAUGGUCGACGCAAUGUUGCAACGGGCGAGUACGAUCGAAGCGGAUGGUGGCCCGACCUUCUUCCUCCACAAAAAAGAUGGUGAAUUUGGUUGGCUGUUGGCCAAAAAAUCUAAUGGGAGCCCCAAUUUCUUCCCAGAUAAAUGCCUAACAGCAAGGGCCACGCAAGCCAAAUUCGAGAAAUGGGCACCGAUCUUACGG